UAUUUGUUCCAAAAUAAUAAAGAUUGUAGUUUGAUUUUCCAGUUUUUUUAACUUUUGUUAAUCGUAAUGUAUUCAGGAUGUCUAAUCAAUAAUUAUUAUAAUUAGUACUAAAUUCUAUAAACUAUAUUCUAUAUUGAAUAUGUUGCAAGACUUCGAUUUUCAUACAAGUGUAUAAGUUGUGGUUAAUUUGCUUUAAUAUAAAAGUAAACUGGAUAAGCUGAUAAAAUUAUUUUUAAAAAUAUAUAACUUACGUUGUUUAUUGUUAAGUUUUGUGAAAGGACACACGUAGGACAGUAAGCUGUAAACAAACAAGGCCGGGUAUCGUAUGUUCUAGAUGUAGCAAACUGCGCGAUCAUGAUAUUUGUAUGUUGAGCGAUUGUAACAUGGAACGAUUAUCGCAUGACUUAAAUCUGGCGUUAGAGGAAAGUAACUGCGGUAGGCAAGAACGUAGAAAGCUGGGAUUUCGGCGGAGAACUAGAUCUGCAGGAAACUUGCCUGCCGCAGUAACUGUGAGCUUAGUUGAUGAUGGCAGUUCAAGUAGUCCACCUCAGGCACCUGUUAUCACACAACCUCUUUCUGACUCUGAUGACCCCCAUGUCAAUAUACAUACUUCAAUUAAAUCCCGUCAUUACUGCCAAAUUGGCAAUUUUGAGUCCGACUCAUUUAAUGAGAACUUCUCACCAAGUCGACCAGCAAAUACCAGACGGAAGCGUAAACUGAAAAAGAUGCCAGUGGACUAUGUAGAUGGUAAACAUUCACCACCCAUUGAAAUAUUGAGCAUAUUAGCAGAGCCAAGUAUAUUAGUACCUACAGCAAUAAAUCAUAAAACAACAGGACUUUCACCGCUUAUCCAUGUUAGAACCGUUAGACCGGAGAGAAAUGCUUUUUGUGGUAAAAGAAAAUGGUCUCAUAGAGAUAAAGGUGAUGCUUGCGAAAUGCGUGAGAGAUCAUUCAGUGGAGGAUGUUCAUCAAAAUCUAUUUAUUUCAAAAAUGAUUUCAAAUCAAAAAAAUAUGAUUUGGAGAAAAAGAGGAAAGAGUCAGUGCUGCAACCAGGAAAGAUCAUUCUCAAACCGCAGACAUCUAAUGAUUCAACACCAUCUCCAUUUACAAACACAUCUCUAUCACCCGGCAGUUCAAGUUUUAACUUUGUCUACAAAAAUUCAUCCAAAAACGGUACACCUACGCUAACAAAAAUGACUGGGUAUACCAUAGCAACAGAUUUGCCCCCUUUUUUCAGUCCGUCAUAUUCCAACAACAAUAUGAAUGAAAAAUAUAACAGGAAAAUGAAACUGUUAAGCAAAUAUUCUCCUAAUUCUUUACGUAAGCCCUUGCAGUUUGAAGACACUGGUGGAAUGGAAUGUGGAAAUGAAAGUAGCUCUCUAAGCAGUAGUGAUUCUGAUGGAGCAGGAAAUGGAGACAGUGAUGGAGAAGGUGAUGAUGAGCUGACAGAUUGGCCUGGGAUAGAAGAGCUCAAAGUUUUUAAUAAAAGUCUGACAUUUAAAUCUUCCAAAUCAGUUAAUAAUAACUGUACAAAAUCUAUUAGCAACAUGCCACCUCCCAAACGUUUAAAAAAAGAAAACUCACAAACGAAAAGCCUAUGGACCUCAAAGAACAGAUGUAAGAAGAAGAGGGCAAAAGUGGACUCUAGUAAUGAUGAAGAUGCUCUGAUGUCAGACACUAAAACAAUUGUGGAUGUAAACGAAGAGGAUGACAAAGCUAACAUAGUACUGCAAUCAUCAUUUGCAACAUUUAGUGAUAUAAAAAAUGCUGGUCCUUCGGGACAGAAUGCUGAUAAGACGUUUUUUCAGUCCUUUCAAACAUAUCAGGAAAAAACUGACGGAAAGGAAGAAUUUGUUACGACACCGCGCACAAAUUUUACGUUACAGAAAACGUCGUCGAGCGAUCUUAACUUGAGCGAAAAAUCGCCUCAAAGUGAUCACUACUGUAGUGAGAAUUCCCUAAACAUAGGUAUAAAUGAAGUGAGGGAAAUAAGGGCUGGCUGCAGACGAAUACGUGAAGAAAGGCCUGGCCUCUUGAUAUUGAGUGCGGCAAAUGAGCAGUUGUCAAGAUUCUUACAAGACUCCUGUCAGGCCGAGUUGAAACUUCCAAACCUGCAAGAUCCAGGAGAAAAAGAAAAGCUAGAGUCACUUGCAAAGCUUUACUCGUUGGAGUUGCAAGUGGAGUUAGGCAGACCCGUACUAAGGAAAACCAGUAACACAAUGCAAGCCGUACGGGUGGAGCAUUCCUACCACAAUUUCCCGUCAGACCACAAACGCCGUUGCUAUGGUGACGACGUUGACUCCAGUUUGAGUCUUAGCGAUCAUUCAGCCAACUCCAACGAUCUCGAAGACACCAAACCUAAAGAAGACACAAGCGAGAUAAUACAGAUAAGUGAUGCCUUUAGCGAUGCGCUUAUAGACAAGAAUUUGUUGCGUCAUCCUGGUGAUUUGGAUUAGUGAGAGGGAGAAUUAUUUUUUGUUGGCAUUACCUUCAGCUCAAUUUCAUCAUCGGACGUCGAGGUAAUAUGGAUGGUUUUUUGUAUUCUGCUAUUGUCGUCGUCGUUCCAGAAAUGAGCGUUUAAGACAGUUUUUGCCGCCCACCACUGCUAUGUGGAACCAGCUGCUGAAGUGCAAUUGGAAUUAGGGUCCUUCAAGACAAGAGGGUA